AUGAACACAAAUAGGACAGAGAAUUGUCUCUUACAGGAUUUUUAUUUUGGACCAUGUGUAGAGUAAUGUGAAGUAAAUUUAUAUAAGAAAGAUUCACCUUCAAAAAUUUCUAUUUAUUCUGAAUCAAGUUAAAAGCCUUAAGAAAUUCCAUAAAAUGAUGGAUAACCACCAAUAAACUAUUAAAUUUAGAAGUUAAAAUACUAAAUGGCCAGGCAAAAUUCAUCCAAUUAGCAAGUCUAAAACAAUUUUAUCAAGUUAAGUAGAAGAAACUUAAUGGAAGGAAGGAAUUAAUAAAUUGAUAAAAAUGAAAAGAUUAGUAAGCUAGAGACACCUAAUAUUAUUAAGGCUAUAAUCAAGUCAAGCUUGAUUAAUAAGUUUAAACAUAAUUUGCUUUCUUCAUCUUAUGUGAUACCUUAGAGGCUGAAAAAAAUACUGGAAAACGAAGAAUAUUUGUAAGAGUAAAAAGAUAAAGCAAAAUCAACAAAUUAAGUGUUUGCGUUGUAUUCAUUUAUUUUAUUAUGCAAGGUAAUAAAUACAUAAUUUGCACCAAAAAAAGUUAAUUUACUUAUUAAUGCCUGAUAGAAAUUUUACUUUAAUUUGGGAUUUGAUUUCAUUACUUCUAUUAUUUAUCUCACUAUUUUUAUCUUCUUUCAUAGCUUCCUUUGGCUAGCAUAUUAAUACAUUUCAGUCUAUAGAAAUUAUGAUAUUUUGUUAUAAUAUUUUGGAAUUUUUGUUUUCAAUACAUCGCCCAAUUAUAAUCAAUACUGAAGUUGUAGUUGAAAUUACAUAAAUAUGGAAAAAUUAUUUAAAAACCUAAUUGUUAGAAGAUCUAAUCAGUUUUACUAUUUGGUUUUUAAUUUAUUUUGAUUUUGAUUAAAAACUUAUUGUAAAUGAAACCAUGGCAAUUUUUUAAUUUUUAAUUCUUAUUAGAAAGAUAAAUAGGAAAUAUAACAUUUUAAUAGAGCAACUAUUCUUAAAAGGAUUUAAUAGUAAUAUACUGAAUAUAGUCACUUUAAUAAUUACUAUUUAUUUCUUUGCACAUACAAUGGCAUGUUUGUGGCAUUAUGUAGGAGAACUAACUUAAAAACAAGGUUCUUGGCUAAGUUAUUACAAUAUUCUUGAUGAUAAUAUAUGGAUUAGAUAUAAUUAUUCAUUUUAUUGGGCAACAAUGACUAUGGUAACUGUAGGAUACGGUGACAUUACACCUAAGAAUCAAUCUGAAGUAACAUUUGCUACUAUUAUUAUGUUAUCUUCUAGUUGCAUGUUUGCUUAUAAUAUGAAUUCUAUUGGAGUAAUUGUCAAAGCAAUAUAUGAUUAAUAAACAAAGUUUAAGUAAUCAAGUAUAUAUAUUUUUAGACGAACUUUAAUAUUAAUGAAUUAAUUCAUGUCCAAAAACCAAGUAGAUUAACAAAUACAAAGAAGAGUGAAAAAUUACAUCAAGUAUAAUAUUGGCAAUAAUGUGUUUGAAAAUUAGGAGGAAACCACUAAAAUAAUUAAUGAAUUACCACUAAAUCUAGUAAAAUAAAUAGAAUAAAAUAUUCAAUAUAAAGUAAUCUAAAAAAUUAAAGCAAUUACUGAUAAUUUCUAAAUUUCAACUUAAAAUAAAUUAAACAAUAUCUUAGUUGAAAUGAAGUUUACACCUAAUGAUUAUAUUUAUCAUAGGAAUGAUUAUAAAGAUAAAUAUUUGUACAAUAUCAUUAUUUAUGCAUUUAGAUAUUUUAUUAAAGAAGGCGAAGUGUAAAUUGUUGAAGAACAGAGUUAGAAAAUCGUAAAAAUAUUAAAAUCUGGAGAAACGUUUGGAGAAUUUCAAUUUUUUACGGGACAAAAUACGAGAGAAUCUAUAAAAAGUGUUGGAUUUACUCAAUUAUACAAAAUAGAUAGAGAACAAUUUAUAAAUAUCAUCAAAAAUAAUCAAAAAGAUUUUGAAAGAUUUUUCAAGAUUAAAGAUAGCAUUCUUUAUUCAAAAUAAUAUUCCGCUAUUUCAAUAAAGUGCCAUCUUUGUGGCUAAUAUAAUCAUAUUUAAAUUGAAUGUCCUUUUAUGACUUAUUAACCUAAUUUAUAUAUUAAUAUUUUGAAAAUGAAUCAAUCACAUAUAAAUUAGAGGAUUUCCUAAAGUAGAUAAAAUAAAAAAUUUAAAUCUUUAAUAAUUAUCUAAUAAAAUCAAUAAGUGGUUAAAUAAAUCUAAGAAGACUAUUUAGAUUCCAUAAAUACAGAUAAUAUGGUCAAAUAUUAAGUAUCAGACUCAUUAAGUUUUGUGUAAGAGUCUGAAUUAAUAUCGGAGAAUAAAUUUGUAUCAAACAAGUCACUUCCAAAACAAGAUUCUCAUAAAAAUACAUUUGUGGAAAUUAAAUACUGUGAUAAAUUAAAUUCGAGAAAAAUUGAGAGUGAGAAACACAACUAAUCUCAGAUAAUUUACAACAAUAAACCUUCCUUAAUUGUUAAUGAAAAAAGAAAAAUUAUGACAAAAGAAACGCUUAUUUUUCGUUAAUUAGAUUAAUUCCAAAGAUAAUUUCAUUAAUAUGAAUUAGGAGGAUUUGAUAAAAUUCAAAAUUUCUCAGAGUAUCUACCUCAUAACAAUUUCAAUUAUAUAAUAAAAUAGUUUUACAAAGAGAAAUAUAAAUUUAAAAACAAAAAAUCAAGUAGAGGAGGAAGUAGUAAAAAAGAGCAAUGA